UGCAGGCCUGAGUGUUCCUUCCAGCAUGUCGGAGGGGGAGUCCCAGACAGUACUCAGCAGUGGCUCAGACCCAAAGGUAGAAUCCUCAUCUUCAGCUCCUGGCCUGACAUCAGUGUCACCUCCUGUGACCUCCACAACCUCAGCUGCUUCCCCAGAGGAAGAAGAAGAAAGUGAAGAUGAGUCUGAGAUUUUGGAAGAGUCGCCCUGUGGGCGCUGGCAGAAGAGGCGAGAAGAGGUGAAUCAACGGAAUGUACCAGGUAUUGACAGUGCAUACCUGGCCAUGGAUACAGAGGAAGGUGUAGAGGUUGUGUGGAAUGAGGUACAGUUCUCUGAGCGCAAGAACUACAAGCUGCAGGAGGAAAAGGUUCGUGCUGUGUUUGAUAAUCUGAUUCAAUUGGAGCAUCUUAACAUUGUUAAGUUUCACAAAUAUUGGGCUGACAUUAAAGAGAACAAGGCCAGGGUCAUUUUUAUCACAGAAUACAUGUCAUCUGGCAGUCUGAAGCAAUUUCUGAAGAAGACCAAAAAGAACCACAAGACCAUGAAUGAAAAGGCAUGGAAGCGCUGGUGCACACAAAUCCUCUCUGCCCUAAGCUACCUGCACUCCUGUGACCCCCCCAUCAUCCAUGGGAACCUGACCUGUGACACCAUCUUCAUCCAGCACAACGGACUCAUCAAGAUUGGCUCUGUGGCUCCUGACACUAUCAACAAUCAUGUGAAGACUUGUCGAGAAGAGCAGAAGAAUCUACACUUCUUUGCACCAGAGUAUGGAGAAGUCACUAAUGUGACAACAGCAGUGGACAUCUACUCCUUCGGCAUGUGUGCACUGGAGAUGGCAGUGCUGGAGAUUCAGGGCAAUGGGGAGUCCUCAUAUGUGCCACAGGAAGCCAUCAGCAGUGCCAUCCAGCUUCUAGAAGACCCAUUACAGAGGGAAUUCAUUCAAAAGUGCCUGCAGUCUGAACCUGCUCGCAGACCAACAGCCAGAGAACUUCUGUUCCACCCAGCAUUGUUUGAAGUGCCCUCGCUCAAACUCCUUGCUGCCCACUGCAUUGUGGGACACCAACACAUGAUCCCAGAGAACGCUCUGGAGGAGAUUACCAAAAACAUGGAUACCAGUGCUGUACUGGCUGAAAUCCCUGCAGGACCAGGAAGAGAACCAGUUCAGACUUUGUACUCUCAGUCACCAGCUCUGGAAUUAGAUAAAUUCCUUGAAGAUGUCAGGAAUGGGAUCUAUCCUCUGACAGCCUUUGGACUGCCUCGGCCCCAGCAGCCACAGCAGGAGGAGGUGACAUCACCUGUUGUGCCUCCCUCUGUCAAGACUCCGACACCUGAACCAGCUGAGGUGGAGACUCGCAAGGUGGUGCUGAUGCAGUGCAACAUUGAGUCGGUGGAGGAGGGGGUCAAACACCAUCUGACGCUUCUGCUGAAGCUGGAGGACAAACUGAACCGGCACCUGAGCUGUGACCUGAUGCCAAAUGAGAACAUCCCCGAGUUGGCAGCUGAGCUGGUGCAGCUGGGCUUCAUUAGUGAGGCUGACCAAAGCCGGCUGACUUCUCUGCUAGAAGAGACCUUGAACAAGUUCAAUUUUGCCAGGAACAGUACCCUCAACUCAGCCGCUGUCACCGUCUCCUCUUAGAGCUCACUCGAGCCAGGCCCUGAUCUGCGCUGUGGCUGUCCCUGGACGUGCUGCAGCCCUCCUAUCCCUUCCCCCCAGUCAGUAUUACCCUGUGAAGCCCCUUCCUUCCUUUAUUAUUCAGGAGGGCUGGGGGGGCUCCCUGGUUCUGAGCAUCAUCCUCCCCCUCCCCUUUCUUCCUCCCCUCUGCACUUUGUUUACUUGUUUUGCACAGACGUGGGCCUGGGCCUUCUCAGCAGCCGCCUUCUAGUUGGGGGCUAGUCGCUGAUCUGCCGGCUCCCGCCCAGCCUGUGUGGAAAGAAGGCCCACGGGCACUAGGGGAGCCGAAUUCUACAAUCCCGCUGGGGCGGCCGGGGCGGGAGAGAAAGGUGGUGCUGCAGUGGUGGCCCUGGGGGGCCAUUCGAUUCGCCUCAGUUGCUGCUGUAAUAAAAGUCUACUUUUUGCUAAAA